AUGCCGUAUGAUGCAGCAGAUCCACCAGGCAAUGAGGUGUUGGAGCUAACAGCGUACACAAAAAGGAGAGGUGCUAUCCUGGUUAUGGGAUGUGAUGCAAAUGCUCAUCACAGCCAAUGGGGCAGUGCUGAUAUCAAUAAAAGAGGUGAGUGCGUCUAUGAUUUCAUAACUGUCAAUAAUCUAGUUAUCUGUAACAAGGGCAACAUGCCCACGUUUAGGAACAAAGAUAGGCAGGCGGUUAUAGACAUGACCUUGACGAACCAAGAUGAUAAUUUCGUUAGAGAUUGGAGGGUAUCCACGGACUGUUCCUUUUCGGAUCAUAGUAGGAUUACCUUCACCUUGAAUUUCAACUCGUCCUUAAGGGCACCAUUUAGGGAUCCUAGGCGGACAAACUGGGGAACCUUUUAUGAAAAGGUACGUACUGGGUUUGAACAGUUUACUUUAUGUGAACUGAUACCACCCAAUUUGGAAAUAACGGUGAACAAUUUCACCCGUUUAUUAAAUGAGAGCUAUGAAUCAUCAUGCCCAAUGAAAUUUCCCGGUAGGCCUAAACAGCCAAAAUGGUGGACUAAGGAAUUUCAAGUUCAGGGGUCGACGGUUAGGAAAUCUUUUAAUAGGGCAAGCUCACUGGAUUACAAGGAGACUGGAACAACUACAAGGUGUGCUUAA